CUGUUUUUUUGCAGUUGUAGAAAAAUAAUGAUGUUUUCAGUUUCACUGAUACUACUUAUCGUAUCUUUGCCCAAAGUCAUUCUGGAUUCGACAUGUUCGGUACAACACGACAGUUCUCGAUCUAGAUUGACCCUCGAUAUUGAUUGGGAAAAUGCGAAUAAUGGAAUAGGUAGACCUGGUAAAAGAGGGGCCAUCGGGCCAAGUGGCCCAAAAGGAGACAAAGGGAGUGUCGGAGUAAAAGGAGACAGUGGUGUAGUUGGACCCCAGGGGCCCCCUGGCGAGAAUGGUGAAAGGGGUCUGCGUGGUUACACUGGACCGAAAGGUGACGCAUCGUCAGAAGCAAUAAUUGAAUUGGAAAAACUAAGAACAAGAAUCGAAGAAUUAGAAGGAUGGGUAACUAUACAAAAUCGAUACAAAUACUGGAUUAGUCAACAAGCUACAACAUGGCAAGUUGCUGACGAAGAUUGUAAAUCUAGGCACGCACGAUUAGUUGCAAAAAGUAUUCGCGACUCGUCAACACAGAAAACAAUAUUUGAUGCAGUACGGACAUCAAGGCUUCGUCUCUGGGUAGGCUUAAAUGAUAUUCAAAAUGAAGGUAGUUUCAUUUGGUCUGAUGGGCAGACGUCAACAAAAUCUAACACCCCUUGGAGAGCCGGAGAACCUAAUAAUUACGGAAAUCAAGACUGCGUUACGACCCAAUACGAUUGGCCGACAGACCUCGACGACGCGCCAUGUUCAAGAAUUUACAGAUAUAUAUGCGAGAGGGACGUGGCCUGAAAGAUACAUGAAUAAUUAUUGUGCAGACGUUUUCUGAAAUGAAAUUGUAUUAGAAGUAUAUACUUCCAAUUGCUAGUAAAAUAUAUAUUACAAUACACGUGCUUUAAUCAUAGUAUUCUUCCCAUUACGACGAUUUGAAGUUUCUACUGGAAAUUGAACGAAUUUUUACAAAUAAAAUAUUAAAAAAUCGUACCCAAUAAUAUCUACAAUAUUGUAUGAUUGGCAAGUUAUCCGAAUAAACAACAACCAAGAUCGCGUACAAAUGUUCUAGUUAUAUUACCCGCCGUGGCGUUGAGAAUAUGCAUUAUAAUUUAAGCUUGUACAAAGAACAUUGACUUCUUUUUGCUAUUUAAAACGUUGUAUUUAGCGUGUUGCUAUGUUACACCCACAGAUGCAAUAGGUUGGUGGGUAAGCGUGCACUAAGUCAUAUUCCAGGAUAUACGUAUAAUAGUGACCACGUUUGGUACUCCUCGCCUAUCAUCUCAUCCAGGAUAAACUAAAUUAUUGUUUACAAUGACAUGAAAAUAUCAUUUCGGACUUCGAGUUGCUAAUGGAUAAAUACUAUCAGGGAAUGA